CCUGAAGUCUGAAGCUGUAGUAGACAAUGUCAGCCGUCACCGACCAACCCCACCCGUUCGGGGGGCUGGAGAGAGAGAAGCACAUCCGCAUGGUGUACCAGGCCUUCCACAGAUGCUGGGGAGGCCGUGCUAAUCUGCAGGGCUCCACCACCUCUCUCUGCCCAGAGAUGGGAGCCCUCCCUGGGCCAGCGCAGCCCGAGAGCCACGCGGUGGUGCUCCACCACGGAGAGCAGGGCCCCAGCGGGGUGGCCGGGCCCAGAGCGGGGGCGUCGGGUGUGGAGAUGGACGUCCUGGAGAGGAGGGACUGCUGGCAGGAGCCAGGGACAGCCAGGGGUCUCACUGCUCUCAGAGCGGUCAGGCAACUGCACAUCACAACCAAACCAGAAGCAAGAGGUCCACAGUGUGUCCCGCGAAGAAUCUACAAUAUUGCCAAUGACAACAAAGAUCAAGUCUUUGUGGUAGUUGAAGAGAGCUCGUGUGUGUGUCUGCAGUGCUGUGGUCCUGCUCGCUCCUGCUCCCUGCAGGGCUUUGACCGGCUGGCCCAGCAGGCCUUCCACUUUGAGCGGCCACUGCGGGCCGACACGUGCUGCCUGGGCUGCUGCCUGAUGGAAAUGAGGGCCUACUCGGCCGAGAGGCAGCUCAUCGGGACCGUGCACCAGAGGUGGAGCAUGUUCACGCCGUACUUUGAGGUGUGUGAUUCGGACGGAAGUCUGGCCGUGAGGAUCCAGGGCCCCUGCUGCCCCCUGCGCUGCCUCUCCAACCAGGAGUUUCAGGUGGUUUCCACACUUGGCGAGACGAUAGGCAGCAUAUGGAAGAAAUGGCCUGGCUUUAAUGAAGAGUGUAACAUGGACCAUGAAUAUUUCGGACUUGUUGUCCCACAGGAGAUGGCUCUGAACACCAAAGUGCUCCUGCUAGCUGCCACCUUCCUGCUAAAUUACAUGUUCUUUGAGAUGAGCUGAAGAAACUGGACGAGUCUCAGUACGAGUUACUGGAGAUCUACAUCAGAUGUGGAAUAUGAUGAUGCUAAUACAACACCAGCUCCAGGUUAUGUCUGAAGCAAUAUGCAAUGGAUCAGGGUUUAUAAUGGCAUUGGUUUAACUGUGGAUAUUACUGUGCAUAGUCAUUUAUAAAGCUGUAUCAAUGUCAGUGUUGUUCUAGCUGUUCCUUCUAUAUAAGUCUGUUACAAUGUAUGUUAAGAUGUUGAGCAAAAUACCGCUGAUGCUACUUUAUUC